AUGGAUUCUGAAAUAAAUUGUAUCACACUAUCAGAAUUUUCAUCAUUUAUAAAUGAAGUUGCUGAGGAAGAUUUGACGAAUAAUUUCACAACAAAUGAAAUUUUUGCUUCUCGUGAAAACUUAAUUGAAUGGGUAAAAGGGAUUGCAUAUGAUAUAGAAUUUGUUGUGGUGACUAUAAAAUCCGAUAAAGCUACCGGUCAACCUGAGAGGAAGACGUUUGUGUUGCUAGGAUGUGAAAGAGGCGGAAAAUAUAGAAAAUACAAACCCGACCAACCUAGUGCAUAUGACACCCGAAAAUGUGAGUGUCCUUUCCAGUUAAGGGGCAAACCAUCUGGUAAUGGCGAUGGGUGGGUAUUACAAGUGAUAUGUGGAUACCAUAGCCACGAUUUAGCAAAAACUUUAGUGGGGCAUCCUUAUGCUGGUAGGUUAAAUCCUACUAAACAAGCAGUACUUGUUGAUAUGACUAAAACCCAAGUAACACCAUCAAAUAUUUUGUUGACUCUGAAACAAAAUAAUGAGCAUAAUAUAACUACAAUAAAACAAGUUUACACAGCAAGAUGUGCAGAUGAUUCUGAGGUUGUUCGUGACCUCUUUUGGACACAUCCUGAUGCAAUCAAGUUAUUGAAUGCAUUUAAUGUUGUUUUGUUAAUGGAUUCAACUUACAAAACAAAUAAAUAUCGGUUGUCAUUGUUAGAGAUUGUUGGUAUGACAUCUACUAGGUUAACCUACUCAGUCGCAUUUGCAUUCUUAUCAAGUGAGCGUCAAAAUAAUUUCACUUGGGCUCUUCAAAAGCUUAGAGGUUUAUUUUUGACAUCUGAUACCGGUCCACAAGUCAUUGUCAGCGAUAGAGACUUGUCUUUGAUGAAUUCCAUCGGCAAUGUCUUUCCCCAGUCAUAUCAAUUGUUAUGUCGCUUCCAUAUUUCAAAAAAUAUCAAAGCGAAGUGCAAAAUGUUACUUGAUUGUAAGGAAGCAUGGGAUGUCAUAAUGGAAGAAUGGGAGAACGUCAUGGAUUGUGAAGAUGAAUCUAUGUUUGGGGACUGCAUGGACAAACAAAGUUAUGCAUUUAGGGAAUACAACAACGAACAGAUAUUGUAUCGAAUGAAUCAGCUAAAGUUAUCCAUACAACAUGAGCUGACUAUGGUUGAAGAAAAAUUUAAGGAGGUUGAGAUUGGAGGGAAAGUGACAAUUAAACAAAAUUUACUUGACAUUGUUUGUCCUGCAAUGACAUCUAUGAUACCUCCAUUGCAUAAAGUUAAGACGAAGGGUGCACAGAAGAAAAAACUUCAGAGAACAGAGAGGUCUACGAAGCGUGAUCCCUCAUAUUUUGAGCAUGUAGACACAUUUCAGUCAACAAUUGAAUCUUCAUCUGCAAAAAACAAAUUUCAACUAAAGGAUAAACCUAGGCAACGAAGGAAAGUACCUAUGAUAAACCAAUUUCAUCCUAUUUGUCAAUCAUACAUUCUCAAUGUUGUUGAUGUUGUUGCUGAUGGUCAUUCUGGCUAUAGAUGCAUUGAUGCGUCAUUAGGGCUCGAGGAAGAUUCUUGGCCCAUUAUACGAAAUGAUCUUUAUAAAGAACUGAGUCAGUGGCGUGAUGAAUAUGCGACACUAGUGGGAGGCUAUGAUAGACUAGAACAGCUCAGGAGGUCUUUGAUGUUGGACCCAGAGUCAGCGGCUAAUGCAAUGAAGUGGAUAACUAUACCAGACAUUGGGUAUGCAAUUGUUAAUUGCUAUAACGUCAUCCUAGUUCAACUACAAGAUGGUUGUCCUUUGCCCAUGACAAAGGUGAUAUGCUCAACUAAUUGUUAUCCAGAGGCGCGAAUGUGGUCAUAUUCGUAUACAAAUAGGAUGCAAGCAUUUUCAGAAUUGAUGGGUGUUACUACCUCCUAUAUUGACUUAGUGGAUUCAUGA